AUGGUGCCGUUCUUUCCGGUGGAGGCGGCCUCGCGAGGCGUCUCACAGACCCUCAUCAGCGCCGUGUUCAGUUGCUUCGCCGUCGCCCAGAUGAUUGCCAGCCCCCUCGUCGGCCGAUUGGGGCCCGUGGUCGGCGUCACCCGGCUCUACAACAUCGGCAUCGCCACGGCUGGCCUCACAACCAUCACCUUCGGCACGCUCAACUACAUCCACGGCAAGAACGCCUUCGUGGUGGCCUGCUUCCUGGUGCGACUGGUGGAAGCGGUCGGGACGGCGGCCGUGUCCGGCUGCGCCUUCACCAUCAUCGGCCUGUACGCCGUCGCCGGCUUCGGCAUGCCCUUCUACGUACUCGGCGGCACGAUGGUCGGCGCGGCCUUGCUCAACCAGUGGAUGAUGCCGCCGCUGGUCAAGUGCGAGAGGAACGCAGUCCCGUUCCUCAGCAUGCUGCGUGUGUUCGCCCGGUCGUUCAAGAACUGGCUGUGCCUCAUGAUUGUCUUCCUCUACUCAUUCGUGUUUAUAACGUUCGAAUCCUGCAUGGCCCUGUAUGCCAACAAGGUGCUGGGCGUCACACCGUCAACCCUGGGACUCUAUUUCUUGGUGGCCACGACAGUGUACGCUCUGACCAGCUUCAUGUGGGCCCGGCUGUCCGAGCACUCCCGCAACCCCUACGUGCAGAUGUCGCUCUGCCUGCUGGCGACGACAGGCAGCCUACUGCUAAUCGCUCCUUCGCCGCUGCUGAACACUGCACCGCGCUGGUGGCUCCUCGGCCUGGGGCAGACGCUGCUCGAAGGCUUCUUCGGCGGUGCCUACAUCCCAUGCUUCUCGCAGAUGCUGCAGGAGAGCGUGCGGAAGGGCCUGGCGGACGAUCUGGUGACGCAGGCGUUUGUGUCGAGUGUGUACUGGACCGGUUACUCGCUUGGCUCUGUGGUGGGUCCCGUUUCUGGCGGCCUUCUUGUGGACGCUUACGGCUUCCCCGUGAUGAUGACCUGCAUGGCUGGUCUGGCCCUGCUAGUCUGGCUGCUGACUGUGAUGCAGGCCGUCGGGACGGCAUGUUCAGAGGGCCGCAGAUGCCCCUCAGGGAAUGAAACGGAACCACUCUGCAGAGCGUGAGGUAAGCCACGUGUAUUUGGUUACGCGUGACGUACCUUAUCGGUCGUUAACGGGCACCUCAAGUAUAAGGACCCCGUGACACAUCGUUGCGAGACACGUUAGCACCGCUUUGAGUGGGUGUUGGCUUAGGCUCUUGUCGCCUCUCCGUACAGAGUGCAAACCCUAUGCACAUCGAACAGCCACGCCACUUUUGAGCUGUUGGUGACCUACUCGCGACUU